AUGAAAGUACUUUUCUUUCCUUCCAACAAGAUCUAUGAAUUUUGCAAUAGAGGCAAAGUACUUAUAUCAUUCUAAAUCCUAAAUAUUGAACCAUUUUGAUAUUUUUAUUUUUCCAGCAAGAUUACGCAAAGAAUAUUUUAGUCUCUGAAUGAAAGCGGAGAUACUUAAUUUUAGACAAAUUGAUUCUUUUGAUUAUUUUUGGUUUGAAUUUUUCUUUUGUUGUAGAUAACAAACUUAAUAAAUUUGAUUUGUUAAAUUAAUGCUUUAUUCAAUUUAUAUUUCGUUUAGAAAUCCAUUAAGACUAUUAAAAAAAAGAACAAAGCCUUUCAACAUCUUUAGAGAUUUUAUUUCCAUCGAUUAUUUCUUCAAUCUAUGAUAAUUACUUUUUUUUUGCCUUUAAACUUUCCCUGACUUUGUAUGAUUAUUACAACAACUUGAAGGGAUUAAAUGAAUUACAAGCAACUCUCCAAUCGAUUUCUUCUAUUUUUAAUGGAUCAUUAUAAAUCCUUACUCUCGUCUACUUGGGCAUGGAUUCAAAUAUAUAUGUUAAAGCUUUAAUAGUGCUAACUGUAGUACAUCCAAUCUUAUAAUUGAUUUCAUUUGCAGUGUUCUAGGCAAAAGUUUAUAAAAAAAUCCCAUAUUCAAAAUAAGCAGUUUAUGUUUUAGUUAAUGGAAUAUUUAACUUCUUGAAGAUUUGGGAUAUCAUAAUGAUUCUAAUAUAUUUAACCGUAAAGAAAUUUGCAGAAAUGGAUAGAAGAGAUUUUAAUGCUGAUGCAUAUAUAAAGUUCAAAAAUUAUGAGUCGAAAUUUGAAGGAAGGUUCCCGCUUUCAGUUUUUUCAUUUCAGGUUGUUUAUGUUGACCCGAAAAGAAUUUAGCAAAUAAAAAGAUAGCCAUUUCAUUAGGCCGUUAUGUGGGUUACUGAUGUUUAAGGAGCUUUGAACAACCUACCUUCCGGUUUUAUUUAUAUAUUAGCAAUAAUGGACAGUAAAAUUAUGCCUAUGAUUUUCUCUGCCUUUGCUUAUCAGAUAAAAGAAAAUUGUGUUUCAAUAAAAGAACUAUUGGAAGUUUUAUCUAAGACUUUUAAUUCCAGCUUUAAUUUUGAGUAAAGUUCCAGUGGAUUUGUUCUUAUAAUCUUUAUUGUACUUUAAUUCAAUAAAUCAUUAAAUGAAGUUGGAAAAUCCUAAAUCAUUUUCAAUAUUGUCCAAAGCUAAUAAAAAUUUAUAAAAGAAAAAUGCUAUUUGAAAAUCAACCUAAAAACCUUAGAUUUUUCAAAUUAUUAGGAUUUAAAAAGAGAGAAAAUACUAGCAUAGGUGAGAGUCGUGCUUGCUUCUAUAGAAAAUGUAUUAGAAAUAGAUGAAGCAUAAAGAGUCUUUUGA